CGGUUAGAUAUUAGACAGCUUCAUGAACGGGUAAGUUGCACAAAGAUGAUAUAUUUCAGUAACGGGUGUUGACAGCUAGGAACGAGUGUGAGAGAACAAGCGAGAACGUGUGUAUGUGUAUGUGACGAGUGUGGAUGAAAGUGACGCUCGCGUUCGGACGGUAUUCGACGGUCAGCAGUACAGACGGACAGACGGCUUGACUCCGUGUGCGACGCGUGUAUCGGAAAAAAGACGGAACAUUCGGCUGUUACAAUGGCGGCGACGGUAAAAAUCGAUGCGUCCGCGAUGCCACCUUUUAAAGUGGGCACAGAUCCAAGGAAUGAUUGGAUCAAGUGGAAGCGAGCCUUGGAUCGGUUUUUGCAAGCUAACAAAAUAGAAGAAGACGAAGAGAAAUUCAACCUCCUGCUGGUUUUGGGAGGUAUCGACCUUCAAUCGUAUUAUGACAAGGUCGCCAAAUGGGAAGUACAGAAAACCGUCGGGGAAAACGAAGAAAUAUUGGAAGAAGUGGUUAUUUUGCAAUACGAGUCCGCUAUUCUCUCGCUCGAUCAAUAUUUCGCUCCUCAGCUGCGCAAGAGGUUUGAACGACAUCUUUUGAGAUCGAUGCGACAAGGCAACCAAGAGUCUUUCGAAGAAUUUGUGUUCCGACUGCGUGACCAGGCCAACCGUUGUGUCUUUACCGACGUGGACGAUAUGAUCGUUGAUCAAAUAAUUGAAGGCUGUAGUUCAGCUGAACUCAGAAAGAAACUUUUGACAACGGAGAUGUCGUUGACCGAAGUGGUAUCGUUGGGAAAAACUCUUGAAGAGGUGCUGAAACAAUCGAGAGAAUACGAGAAACCCUCUACGUCGUACGGAGAACACGGACUAGUCCAAAAGGUUGUCGGUAGAGGUCCACUAACCUCAAGGUUCACGGAGAGCUCCAGGAAGUGUUACAAUUGUAACAAACCAGGGCAUUUGGCCAGAGAAACGGAUAAAUGCCCGGCGAAAAACGUGGACUGUUUCAGUUGUCGGACAAAAGGACACUUCAGGAUCUGUUGCCGUAAACGUAAACAUGACGAGUCCACCACUAAGCAGUCGAUGUAUGGAGCUAAACGGAUUCACGCAAUUGUGGGUGGCGACACGGAAACAGAGAAAGGCGUGUUUUUUGUGAAGACAUCGGAAGAGCUGAGCGAAAUUCUCGAACUGGACAUUGGAGGAGUAAGAACCAGAAUGGUCAUCGAUUCAGGAUCCCCAGCGAAUAUCAUCGACGAAGAAACCUACAAUCACCUGAUAAAUAAAGGAGCACGAAUUCUCAACGAACGCAAACCCCAGAAUGAUGAAAUCAGUUUCAAAGCUUUCGCUUCGGAUCAAAAUAUCUUCUUCAGUGCAGCUUUCGAAACUGAGAUCAAAAUUCCCGAUGAAGAGGCUGGAAUCUGGUCGCACGUUCUGGUAGCACCAGGUGGACAGGUCAGCCUAUUGAGCAAAGGAACAGCUUUUGCCCUGGGGAUUUUAAAAAUCGGGUACCACGUAAAUCAAGUAUCUGCUACGGAUCAAACGGCUGUCGAAGAUAAAUCUCGUAAAGGAUUCCCAAAGAUACCAAAUGUUCAGUUGACCAUCCAAGUUGAAGAUUCGGUGCUGCCCGUUGCUCAAGCUGCACGUCGAUUUCCGAUGUCCAUGGAAGCCGACGUAGAACGCACGAUUCAGGAUUUGUUGGAGAAAAACAUCAUUGAACGAGCAGAGGCGCCCAUAACGUGGGUGUCACCCCUGGUUCCAGUGAAAAAAUCUGAUGGGAGGAUCAGAUUAUGUGUCGACAUGCGAGCUGCCAACAAGGCAGUGCGGCGUGAAAACUACCCGAUGCCAAAUAUCGAUGACGCGAUAUCCGGAAUCAAAAAGGUUGCAAAAUUAUCUAAAAUUGACCUUGAAGCAGCCUAUUACCAUUUUGAACUUGACGAAAAGAGCAGGAACAUCACUACUUUUGUGGCUAGGAGUGGGGUAUACCGAUUUUCCAGAUUGAUGUUCGGUAUAAAAUCGGCUCCAGAACUUUUUCAACGAGAAAUGGAGAACUUGUUCAGGGGAAUUGAAGGGCUGGUAGUUUACAUGGACGACUUUCUAAUCCAUGGAGAAACUAUUGAAGAACAUGAUGCAGCGCUAAAGGAAGUGCUCCACCGAAUUCAGAAAUACAACAUGAAAAUCAACGAAGAAAAAUCGGUUUUUGGGGUCUCCAGCGUAGAAUUCCUAGGCCAUAUUGUAUCUACCGAAGGAAUUAGAACAACGGACGAAAAAGUGCAAGCUAUUCGGAGCCUGCAACCCCCUUCAUCUGUUUCUGAGUUAAGAUCUCUACUAGGUCUUGUAAAUUUCGUGGGAAAGUUCAUACCGAAUCUAUCAGCCCUUACGUUCCAUAUGAGAUCCCUCUUGAACAAGGAAAGUUCUUUCGUUUGGAGUGAGACACACACCCAAGAGUUAAAUACGAUCAAACAAAUGAUUGCUAGUGCGGACUACCUCGGGUUCUUCGAUCCCAAUGAUGAGACGAUUCUGGUAACCGAUGCCAGCCCUUACGGAUUAGGGGCCAUUUUGAUCCAGAUAAAGGACGGGGUAUCGCGGACGAUAUCAUGCAUAUCUAAAAGCUUGGCGGAAUUCGAGAAAAAGUAUUGCCAAACAGAGAAAGAAUGCUAUGCUAUCAUCUGGGCCAUGGAGAAAUUGUAUGUUUAUCUGUACGGAAAACAUUUCACCCUUGUUACCGACUGCAAGCCCUUAGAAUACCUCUUCAAUCGGGUGAAGUCGAAACCAUCAGCGCGUAUAGAGCGAUGGAUCCUACGACUUCAGAGCUUUGAUUUCACGGUGAAAUACGAACCGGGUAAAGAGAAUUUGGCUGAUCCUCUCUCUCGCCUGUCUCAAGGUGUAAAAGAUUGCGUUUCUGGCUCGGACGUUAUUGGUUGGCUAGCCGACGAAAUCAAGCCAUCGGUUUUGUCCAUCGAAGAACUCGAAAAAGCUACUUUAGCCGAUGAUGAGCUUCAAAAGGUCAAGGAUGCGUUGUAUUCAGGGAUCUGGGAUGAGGUACCGAACGAGUACAAGACAGCCACGGUUAAAAAUGAUUUAACACUGUACGGAGAAUUAAUAUUGCGAGGGGACAGAAUCGUCAUUCCUAAACAAAUGAGAGAGAAAGUGGUACAUUUGGCGCACUUGGGGCAUCAAGGUGGAAUAUCCAUGAAAGCCAUGCUCAGAUCCAAGAUAUGGUUUCCACUCAUGGAUAAGCUGGUGGACACGAUUAUCCGCCAUUGCAAACCCUGUAGCAUGACAGCACUCCCGGACAAACCCAACCCUAUGGCCCGCCGGAUUCCGACCAUGCCUUGGCAAGAUCUGGCCAUCGACUUCAAAGAAGGUCUUCCGGGGGAGAUGUCGUUGUUGGUUGUCGUUUGCUAUACAUCAAGGUUUGUACAGGUGGAGCCGAUGAAACCCGCAACAACCCAAAAGGUGAUAGGAACUCUUCUAAGAAUGUUUAGCUCGUUCGGCAUCCCCCGAUCAAUAACAUCAGACAACGGCCCACAAUUCAAAGCGAUUGAGUUUCGGAAUUUUUGUCUGAGCUACGGCAUCCAUCUAAACCUUUCUACACCAUAUUGGCCCGAACAAAAUGGUGCCGUAGAGAGGCAGAUGCGAAAUAUCGGGAAACGAAUCAAAAUCAGUAGUAUCCAGGGAACAGAUUGGAAAACUGAUCUCUGCGAGUACUUGACGCUCUACCACUCAACACCACAAGAGAUGACAGGGUUAUCGCCCGGACAAAUGAUGUUUGGUCGAGAAAUUCGGAACCGCAUACCAUCUAUUCACCAUCCUCCGAGUUUGAACUUGGAAUCAUCUAGAGAUAGAGAUAUGAUUCAGAAAGAGCAACGUAAAGUUCAAAGUGAUAAAUCUCGACAAGCCAAGGAACAUAAAUUGGAGAGGGGAGAUGUAGUUUUAUUGAAGAACUCGAAGGUUGGAUCAUACCAGCCCAAUUUCGGCCCUGAAGAAUUCGAAGUUACAGACAUCAAAGGAGGAGAAAUCACCAUACGAUCGAAGGAAACGGGUAAGACUUAUAAACGGAACAGUUCACACUUGAAGAAGUUGGCACAAGCGGAAUCCAGGCCUGGAGAUGACGACGAAACUUCGGAACGAGUUCUGGAUCCUGUGGAGCAUUGUACCACAGACAGCCAGCCUAGCGAUAGACAUCCGAAGCGCAUUUGCAGACGACCAACAAGAUGGGACGAUUUCGUAAUUUGAACCUCGACUUGAACAAACAUACGGGUGAGAGUAUUGGUAUGCCAAUCAUUCAAUAAAGUUUUAUUAAAUUAGAAGAACAACUAUAUUACUAAAAAAUGGGAGGAAUGUAACGGUUAGAUAUUAGACAGCUUCAUGAACGGGUAAGUUGCACAAAGAUGAUAUAUUUCAGUAACGGGUGUUGACAGCUAGGAACGAGUGUGAGAGAACAAGCGAGAACGUGUGUAUGUGUAUGUGACGAGUGGGGAUGAAAGUGACGCUCGCGUUCGGACGGCAUUCGACGGUCAGCAGUACAGACGGACAGACGGCUUGACUCCGUGUGCGACGCGUGUAUCGGAAAAAAGACGGAACAUUCGGCUGUUA